CAGCGAGCCCGGCGAGCUCCGCGCCCCGCUCUCCCGCACGCCGGCCAGGAGCGCCCCGGGUCCGCGGGCAGCCAGGGUCCGAGCGGUGAAUGGUGGCUGCAGCCCAGGGCCAGAGGCACGGACCAGCCGGAAGGAAUGAUGUAGCAGAAUCUCCCUCCCUACCUUCCCCUGCCUGACCAUGUGGACGGAGCCAGGCAUGGUUGAGACCCUACGCGACUCAGCCCCUCUUAAUUUCUCAGAGAGGAGGAGGAGAAGAGCGAGGAAGAGGGAGAGAUUGAGACUGAAAGGCGGCUGCCAGAGAGGCGCCUGGCAGCUAACGUACUGAUCCCCCUCUGGUGCCAAUACAUGGGAGUGAUCUCUGGGCGUUAUUUCUGCGUAGAGCCCACGUCCUCUCCUAGUUCUGGGUGCAGAGUCCCCGACUGGUUCCUGGCACCUUUACGGAGACAAAGAGCAAACAAGUGAACACAAAUCUCUAUGCCCAGGGUGUGGGUGCCCGAGUGCCAGGCUGGUUUGAGUAGGGCCCUGGGGACAUUCGUUGUGGGCUCCAGCGGGACCCUCUAUCCGAGUAGCUGCAGAGCUCAGACAGAGCUGGGCCAUCAUGGGGGCCCAGAUGGGAGAGGACUGAUUGCCCGCAUCUCCUUGCCAUGGAUCCAUGUCCGAACGGCACAGCUGCUCCGAAAGGCAUGGGCUGCAAACCACAGAUGGUGCUAAUUGGGAUCGUGCUCACCGCACUCAUUGUGGUCACUGUCUGCGGCAACGUGAUUGUCUGCCUGGCCGUCUACUUCAACCGCAAGCUCCGCAGCCUGACGAACUGCUUCAUCGUCUCCUUGGCCAUCACCGACCUGCUGCUUGGCCUCCUGGUGCUGCCCUUCUCCGCCAUCUACGAGCUCACGCGCGAGUGGCACUUCGGCCCCACCUUGUGCAACAUCUACAGCAGCCUGGACGUCAUGCUGUGCACGGCCUCCAUCCUCAACCUCUUCAUGAUCAGCAUCGACCGGUACUACGCCAUCACAGCCCCGCUCCGCUACACCCAGCUGGUCACCCCUCUGCGGGUGGCCGUGGCCAUGUUCGUCAUAUGGGUGGUCUCGCUGAUGGUCUCCUUCCUGCCCAUCCACCUGGGCUGGAACACCAAUGGCACCGGCGUGCAGAACACGGGCUUGAACAACAGCCUGGAGUGCAAGUUGGCGGUCAACGCCGUGUAUGGGCUGGUGGAUGCCUUGCUCACCUUCUACCUUCCCUUGGUCAUUAUGUGCAUCACGUACUACCGGAUAUUCCGAAUAGCCAGGGAGCAAGCCAAGAGGAUCAAUCACGCCACCUGCUGCAAGGCCAUCAGCCCUGCGCUGCUCAUUGUGAAAGAGCACAAGGCCACAGUGACGCUAGCAGCCGUGCUGGGGGCAUUCAUCAUCUGCUGGUUCCCUUAUUUCACAGUGUUCACUUACCGAGGGAUGGUGGGGGACAAGGUGGAUGAGACAUCCCUGUCCAUAGUUUUAUGGCUGGGCUAUGCCAACUCAGCCCUGAACCCCAUCUUGUACGCUGCUCUGAACAGGGACUUCCGGACAGCCUACCAGCGCCUGUUCCACUGUCGAAGGGUGGGGCCCCUCUCCAGGAGCACUCCUCUCACCCCCACACAUCUGCCCCACUCCAGGGCGAGAGCCCGCAAGCAAGCACAGAGCGUGCCGGAAGAUAAGCCUCUGAGGAUGCAGGUGUGGAAAGGGAAGGAGAACUCACUCACUCGAGAAGCCACAGAAAGGAGUCCUGCCCCAUCAUCUGGCUCCUCGUCCUCCUCCACCAUCCUGUCCUGCUGGAGAGGCCUCUGGCUGGCCAAGUUCCUUCCCAAGAGGGACAUGUGGAUCCCAGCGUGUGAGGAGCCGGCGACAGAGCUGCAAAAGAGGGUGAAGCCCCCAGCACCCACUAGGGUCAUUUACUGUGUCUUCUCCUGAGCCAGGAUGGAUGGACCAGGGGAGUGCUGAAUGCCAUCAAUACCGGACAAUACUUGCUCAGGACCCAGAGACCCAGCCGAGCACCACGUCCAGCAUCUCCAUGGGCAGAGCACAUUGAGGGGUGUUUGCAAACCCAGGAACAUGGAUCUGUAACAUAAUCCACCGUUCUGUGUGGGCGUGACCCUGUGUGGGCACGGCUGUGGGUGUGCACAUGGGUGUAUGUAUGUGUGC